CGCGUUCAGCGUUUUAAUAUUUAAUUGUCGUCGAUCGCGAGCGGUUGUCCAUUCGAUUUGGCCACAGACAGAGCUACCGCUACCGCUACCGUGUGCUGCCAAGGCCCAGACCGCAAAGCACAUACCGUUAACCGUAAACGCCGAUCGCAUACCGAAGACCCUCUGAGACCCCAUCUGUAGAGCCAUCGCGAGUGCCUCCGUCUGCCAAUUUUUUUUGCUUGUGGAUUACUUUUUUUUGUUUACCGAUCUGUUCUGAGUGCGAAAGGAUAAUGAUAUCCUGGCUUAGCUGCGGCCUAGUCCUGGCCUGUGUCCUGUGCCCUCUGUCGGUGACCUCGCGGAGCUACAGCAACGGCCUGAUCUUCUACGAGCUGAAGUCCCACAAGCCCUACCUCCCGCCCACUGUCAGCGUGUCCCGGGGCAGGAACCUGGCCAGUGUCAAGUACUCGGAGAAGGGCUCCAUCUGGUCGACGUUCGGGCAGCCCUGCGAGUGCCAGGGACCAGUCUGCGGCUGCUGUGCGGGCCUCAAGGUGGACCAGUACCGAUUCGAUCAGAAAGUCUGCGCGAAUGUGACUUUUGUGCCGCACUUGGAGGAGGCCCAGCUGGAGAUGUACGUCGAUGAGAAGGCCACCUCGAAGUUUGGCAUUUCGGUAAGGAAUCCGGCGCCCUUCUGCAUACCGGUGAUGAUGGGCGUGCCAAUGGCCAUGUGCGUCCAGAUGACCGACGUCCAGAUGGUCGACAACAGGCUCAACAUGUGCAUGGACUUUGUGGUGCGGCUGGCCACCACCGAUCUCUUCGAGAUGCACUUCCAAUGCAUGCGCAUGGGCCUGGACGGCCUCCAGUAUGUGGACAAGAACGGCCAGCCAGUGCUGCCGCCGGGACAGCAGGGCGAUGACGAUGCUGGCGAGGAUUAUGGCGAGUAUGCUGAGCUGGAGGAUCAGCCCGAAGAGUAUCCCCUGGCGGAGGAGCAAGAGAGCGAGAAGGAGAAGACGCCUGAAAUGCCAGCCCAGGACUACCAGCCAGUGGCCUAUCCCUCGCUCUCCUACCAGCCGCAGGUGGCCGCGGCAGAGAAGACUGAAGACGAGUCUUUGGCUUAUCGGCCCCAGAAGAUGGAUGGAGAGAAGGACGCCGAGGAGGAGCAGGAGGAGGAAGCCGAGCCGCUGCCAAUUGAAAGUGAAAUGCUAAUAGCUGGCGAUCAAGUUGAAGAGCCAGAAGAAAACGAUGAAGAGCUUGAAGACGAGGCAGAAGCGGCACAAGCUGAAGAAGAAAAGAAAGAGAUGGAAGUUGAGGAGGUGAAAGAGAAGGAGGAGGAGAAGGAGAAAGAGGAGGCGACACCACCUGACAAUGACAAUGGCAGCGAGAGUGGCCUGAGGCCAAGUCAGGUAAUUGAAACAAUUACCAAUUCAAUAAAAGCCACUGAAGAAACAUCACCACCACCACCAACAACAACAACAACAACAAAAGCACCCACAACAACAACAACAACAACAACAUUGACAACCAAAAUGCCAGUGACAACAACAACUACAACAAUGGAAACAACAACAAAUGCGACAAGCAACAAACCAAACAUUGUUGUUAUCGAUGACAAAGACAAAGAGGCGGGGCAGGAAGAGACCAUGGCCGAGAAGGAGAAGGAGAAGCAGGAGGAGGAGGAGGAUGGAGAUGGAGAAGAGGUGAAAAAGUCAAGCGAAGAGGAGGCUGAAGACGAGGAGGCGGAGGAGGAGAUCGAAGACGAGGGGGAAGAAUCGACGACAACGGAGGCUGUGGAGCUCGAAAACGAUAGCGACAAUGAGGUAAACGUGGAUGACGAUGACGCCGAUGGCGGAGCGAAGAAAGGCCAGGUGAAGGAACCCCCCACAAAGCCGGAGACGCAGAUGGCGAUGGAGGUGAAAACGGAGGAGACGGAGGACAAGGGAGAGCCGGAGAAAGAAACAGCUGCAGGCAAUGAACUAAAGGUCAAGCCCGGGUCAGCCUUAAAUGGAGGAAGCGAAGGAGAAGAAGCACAGGAAACGGAAGAAGGAGCCCAAGACGAAGACAAAGACGCAGAGGAAGAGGAAGAGGCGGAUGAAGAAACAGAGGACGACGAAGAUGGCGAGGAAGAGGAGUACGAAGACGACGAAGAAAAUGUCCAAAAUCUAGACGACGAAAAAGCCGAAAAACUGGAAAUCGAAGCAGAUCAACCGCUGGAAGGCUAUAACCUGGAAAAUCGAGAUGCAAAGUCGGUAGCCAAGUCCGCUGCGAAGCCGGCAGCGAAGUCGGCUGCGAAGUCAGCAGCGACCAGGCAGAAAGCGGCCAAGUCAUUGUCCCGACGCCGGCGCCAGCGUCUCCAGUCGCGUCCUCAAAAGAAAAGGCAUUAAACGAACCACAGACCACCACAGACCACCACCCCAAGCCCCACAAACAAAAACACUGACAUUAUCAUCACCACCAUUAUCAUUCCUCAACUUAAUUUAUUUUAAAUCAUAAUUCAUAAUUCAUAAAUCGUAAUUUAUAAUUCGUAAUUCGUAAUUGUUAAUGAUUUGUUAAUGCUGAACGUUGAUGCCUGUUAAUUAAUACGUAUUUAUUGUAUUUAUUGAAACCGACUCAAAGCCAAACUCAAGCGAAAUAAAUGAU